ACAUUUGUGUGUGCUUCUGCCUUGCAGGUUCUGAAGAACGAAACUUAAAUUCAGGAACUAUUAGAGGCCAUUCCAGUUUCCACAGUGAAAUCUCCUGGAAAGACUUGGAGGAGAAGCACCUUCAGGAAACUCCUUUGAGUUCUCUGCAAGAGAGGCUGAACUCUGCUGCAAACACAUUAACUUUUCCCGUUGACUUGUCUGGUGAGCUCACCCCCUGGAAACGAGCUGCUUGCCAAGGCAGAAAACGUGCGAAGAUUUUCUGACAAGCUGGAGCAGCAACCGGGACUGAAAAACUGCUGUCUGGCCAGAAAGAUUGCAAGAGGAACCCAGUUAUGGAGACAGAAAACGCUCGCCCAGUGGAAGAGGAGCAAGCGGAGCCGCGUGGGCAUUCAGGGAAAGGGCAAACCAUGUGGUCUGGGCUCCAUGACACCUGGGUGCAGAGUAAGAGCAAGGCUGCUCUCCCAGAGCAGUUGCAAGGUAGCCAAGUGGUAGUGGAGCAGCUACAAGAUCAGGUACAGCUGCAGCAAAAGAAGCUAAAGAUGGAUGGCCUAAGGCAGACCCAAAGCCUUGAGUGUGUGCUAGAAAGACAGCAUCUGGCUGUGGAGAUGCUGCUUCAAGAAGGCCAGGCCCUCAAGGCCCAGGUGAGCUUCAGAACUCCCUUCUACCUUCCCUACAAGCUGGGGCAUGGCCUCAUUCUCUCCUCCUCUGUAUACUUACAGCUCCGACAAUAUAAGGCAGUGACCCAGGAGCAGGAAAGAGAGCGUUCUCUUCAAGUCGAGUGGGAUCAGCACAUGUGGGAGCAGUUGAAUCAAGCAGAGAGUUAUGCCCAUGUUCUGGAAAGCAGCUUGGAUCUCUAUAAGAAGAAGUACCAAGCUGCCCUGGGCCGAGUUGGCGAGCUCGAGAGUUGGAUGCAGCAUCUGGAAAAAGAGGCCGGGGGGAAGGCCACUGGGCACGCAGAGAAGCACAUGCUUCUGGAAGAUCUUCAGAGCAAAGGCCAAGCAGAGGACAACCUUGCGCAGUUCAAGGGAGAGCAGCACAGUGCUCAGGAAAGGGGCCAGGCCGUGCAGCUCACCUGCCAGCACAAGGCCAUCAUCCAGGAGCUGCAGAUACAAUUGGCAGCGAGCCGUACCAAGCUGCUACAGCAAAAGGAAGCCCUGGCCGGCUUGCGCCGAGAGUUUGCGUCCUACAAGUUGACUCACAGCUGCUCCGCCACAAGGUCCAGAAACCAGCUGACUAGCCAGGAGAUACUCAGGCAGAAGCUGUGGCAGCAGGCCAAGGAGCACUGGGCCUUGGUGGAAGACCUGAAGCUGGAGCUGGCGAGGGAGGCCAAGCGGAACAGCAAUACCGUGACAGAUCUAGCCCGCCUGGAGCUGGCUGUGCAGAGCCUGUGCCAGGAGGCAGUAGCCGAGCGGAAGCAGCAGCAGCGGGAGCUGGCUGCGCUGCAGCACCAGGUCUGCCAAGCGCAGGCGCUGCUGGGGCAGAGCCGCCGGCUGUGUGCGCAGAAGGAACGGGCCAUCCAGAAACGGGACAGGCUCCUUCGAAGGGCAUGGGCUAGCCACAGCGUCUUUCAGGAGCGGGCCCGAGCCCAUUCCUUGAAUGCCACCUCGCGGGAAGCAAAGCACGGCUCUUGGUGCGCUGGGGCACCGGUGCUGCAACAGAGGCGGCCCAAGAGCCCAGAACAGUGGUGGCCAGCUGGGCAGGCACUGGGGCAGGAAGAAGCAGCCAUGAAGGGGCCCCAGGAGCAGCUGGUGGGGGGUGACCCAGAGCUCCAGCGUCUUGGGAAGGUUGGCCUCCCGUUGGAGGCUCUCCAUGGAAGAGAGCGUAGAGCUGAAGCAGGACUGGGUCAGACAAGUUUCUUGGGAGGAGGUGGUCCUGCUGCUGCCGCCGCUGCUGCCACUACCUCUGCCAGAGGAUUACUGAGGGAGCUAAUAGAGGAGCUGAGCUGGUCCAAGUGGCAGCCUCUGCAGGCAGCGUCCAUGCUGGAGCUGGAGAUGUUCCAGCGGCAGUUGCAGGAGGAGUGGAGCGUGCAGGGCCUGCAGGCCUGCAUGAUGGAGCAGAAGGCAGAGAACUGCUCUCUGCAGGAGCAGCUGACCAAGCAGACGGCUGCGCUGAGGCUGGCACGAUGGAGCUUCAGGCAGGCCUGGCUGCAGCUGCAGCAGCAGGCAGCAAAGAUAGACUCCUUACAAAUCUCCUUGGAGGCGUCACGUGUUAGCCAACACUGCCUGCACCAGGAGAGUGAAUUGGUGGUGGCCGAUGUUCGCCAGUGGGUAAAGGAGCAAAAGCAGGUGAAUGAGGAAUUGGGCCACAAACUCCGAGUGCAGAUCAAGCAAAUUGCCCAACUCACUGGCGAGAGAGACCUUCUCCGUGAACUAGUGGAGAGACUCCAGCAGGACAACCAGCGGUUGAAGAAUGAAGCCAGUGAGAAGCGCAUUGUAUGUGAGCGCAUCAAGGUGAGUGAAUGGUAUCCUCUGCUGAGAACCCACCAGAGACUGGGAGGACAGCCCGCACCAGGGCAGAGUAGAUGACAGCUGACGACGGCCCAACUCUCUGAUUUCCUUGAUCGGCCAUGUAGCAGAGGGAGAACAGUAUUGACUAAAGGAGGCAUACUUUGACCUGCUCCUAUGAAGCCCUCUUCAUUGCUGCUGGUCGCACAACGUAACACUUUGUGCUGGAAAGGAAGUGAGCUGCCAGUCGAUGGCGGGUGUCUCCAAUUCACUGACGGGUGAGAAGGAUGUUUACCUCAGUGCUAGCUGAGCAUUUAAAAAACCCUGUGUUACCAUGCCACUCUAGAGCAUGCACGUAUUCUGACUGUGCUGCUAUGGCCACUUAGAGGAGUCCAGCCUCUGGUUUUAAUUUCUGAGUGAUUUGUUUUUCUUUAAAAUAAAAGACCAAUUGCUGCUACUAAUGGGUGGAUGAACCGUCAUGGAAGCAGGCUCACGUCUGCUCAUUACUGCUCUGUAAUUGGAUUACCAUUCUUCAAUUAGUUUAUAGCAUGAACAUUAUUGUUAUUUUUGUUAGCAUAUAUAAACCUCCAAAGCUAACCCAUCCUUGAAAAACUGACUCAAGCACGGACCACGUGAAUUGGAAAGGGCCUGGCAGAUAUCUGGCCAUCAGCCCAUCUGAAAAUCUUCAGCAAGGAGGCUGCCACUGUUCAGGCAGACUUGUUUCCUACUUAGCAGCUCUGUCAGGAAAUUCCUAAGAAAGCUUAAAUUUCAUUUCUUUUGUUUGCAGGCUGUUCAUCCUCAUCCUUCAAGAUAUUUGUAGGGACCUCUCAUUGCUCCCCUUAGUUGUCUCUUUGGCAAGGCCCUGGUGCCCAGCUCCUUGAACCAUUCCUUGUAGGCUCGGUUGCCAGAUUGAAGCAUCCUGGUAGCUCUCUUGUGCCUCAAACUGGGCACGGCCCUCCAAGUGCCAUCUAGCCAAUGCAACUAUUAUCUGCGUACAUUCCUCCCAGAGCUGACUUAAAAACGUUAUAUGGUCACAUUCCCACAAGGUGGCUGAUUGAGAGAUUAUGGGCCUUCAAGUUGGUGUCAACUCUUAGCAACCAUAGAUUUUUCUCCAUGACAAGGUGAACCUGAUCUCCUAUCCCUGGGUUAUUUUCUGAGCAGAUACUGGGGUAGCUGACAUCCCUCAUUCACUAUCACUUGACUUCUUCAGAGCUCAGUGAGCUAAUUUAGAGAGGCAUUGUCUACAUCCCCUGCAUAUAGUAGUAAUAGUCUAGAAUACUACUUACUUCUUUUAGUCUUCUCCAGAUGCUCUCAACAGGACUUGAACAUCUUCAGAGGCAUUUUGGCUGCUUUACAUACAAAAGCUUCCCUUUUAAUUGGAUCUAUCACUUCUAAUCAAGGAAUAGCCUCUCAGUUUCACGUUUCAGUUGACUCAUCCCACCUGAUUUCUGGGAUAUCUGCAAAGCCUGUUUGAUUCUUAGUCUCUCCAGUUUGUUACCCGUGAUCUGGUUUACACCAUGGAGACUGUUUGCAGGUCUCCCCCCUGCCACAGGAUGAGGACUUCUGAAUCCUCUUUCCUGCCUUAUUCCUUCUCCGUUAUUGUCACUGAUGCCCAGCAUUCCUCUCCAUUUGAUCCACCCCCGCCCUAGAUUUGGUUUAGCUAUCCUGGCAAAGGUGGGAUGCUCCCUAAGAGUCCUUUAUGUUGCUGAUACAGACCACGGCUGAGAAGUCCAAAGGUUUCUUGAUGACGCUUCUGAGCUGGUGCUUGCAUCCAGGACAUUGCUUUCCCUUCUUGUUAUCCUCCACUCAGAGGAGUGGAAGUGAUUGGCUGCUUCGAUGAACCCAUGGUAAUCUUACCACCAUGCACAGUAGUACUCCUCUCCCAGCGAUCUUAGCACAUUUGAAGGCCUACAGCAAUCUGAGGAGACCAGAAUGAAGGCUGGAGUAUAUUGAACGGGUCAGCAGCAAGGCUGCCCACUGAAAUUGGGCAAAAGAGGUUUGCUUCCAAUUUUGGCCUGGCAAACAGCAGGCUGAGUCUCUCCACUCCGUGUGGAUGGGCCAUCCCGUGAAGCUGGCCAGAAAAUACUGAGAGCAGAGAGAGCCACUUCUUCCCACAACUAACCUAUGGAAUUCAAAAGCACAAGAUGCCAUUGCCCAUAACUGGGCAAUUUGAAGGGGGACUGGAGCAAUUUAGGGAGGGCAGGUCUACGAAAGAGCUCUUGGUCUUGACGAAGCCUUGUGACUGCCAGAUCAGGGGCAGCUGCAUCCAAAAAGGGGUUGCAAGGUGACCAGUGGGAGAGAAUUGUAUCUCCAGCUCCUGUUUGCAAGCAGAGGCAAGCUGAUUGGCCCCUGAGGGAAAACAGAACGCUGGACUAGGGUGGGUCUGGGUCUGGUCUUAUGGGCACUGGUGGGCAAACACGAAGUCUCUUUGGUUGCAGGCUCUCCACAACAGUGAUUUGGAGCCGCACACUGUACUGCAGCAACUCUGGCAAAUACUUCCAUGGUGAACGAAUGAAUGCUUCUACUCCCAUUGCUCUCACACACCUUCCCAGGGGCCAAACCGGAGAGGGCAGAUCUGUGGUGAAAGUGGAGCAUGUCCCCUUCCUGCAGGCUAGGCUUUGCUCUCAAGAGGACCUGUCAAA